CCAUCAUUUUUGAGGUGAGUGUAUAUACAGUAGGAAGUUAUGUGUGUUUCCUCAUUACUUCUUCCUCUGCUGUGUGUGCACACAUUUCUGCUGUAGUGUUUCAUUAGCACAGUCAAGUUUGGACUUAAACAUUUACAUUACAUUAGCUGGUUGGAUGAGAGAAACUUAUGGAGUAAUUUUUAGGGACAAUUCCCUAUUCCCAUUAGCACAAUAAUCAUUCGUGUGAGUGAUACCAGAGUCUCAACAGUACACUCAGUGAAGGUUUUCAGACUGUGAGUAUGUUUCAUAUGCUCAUAAACUCUUUUAUACUCUCACUAGUUCAUUGGAACAUAUGCUGAGAUUGAGCUCGUCACCACCAGCUCAGCUCUCCCACCACCACCAGUGACAGGGAGACUGUCCAGUACUCUAGACCCAGUGAAAAGCAGCCAUGUCGUCAGACACCACAGGAACCAGUUCAAGGCGAGGUCGUCUCUAACAAUGAGAGAUCACAUGGUCAAGAGGACCAGGAGAAAAACAAUGCAGAGCCCACUGAUCUUCAUCCCCUUGACAAGGAUAUCAGUGUUCACUUAAUCCUGCUCCAACUGAGGACUGUACAGUCGUGUUGGCGUGCUCUGGGUGAGGCUGCUGGACUGGAGAGGGAGACUAUGGAUAUGAUUGACGGGGAGUUGGGUGAUGACAGUGCCAAGUUGGCAGAGGUGAUGUUUCAGUGGUAUGAGAGAAAGGAGUGUGUGAGGUGGUCAGAUGUGUCCUCCCUCUGUGAGCAGAUUGGUUUCAACCAGCUAUCCGAGGCCAUUAGCACUGCUUACAUCACCGGGGCUCUCCCAGUCAAAGAUGAUCCAGAGGUGGAGCUCCCAAUCUCAGACAAGACUCCUGCCCCUGUUCUGCCCCCACGCAGAGCCACAUCGGGUGAUAACGAAGGGACUCCAGCAAUCCCCCCACACAGGCCCUUGAUCUGUGAUAAUGAAGGAGCCCCAGCAGUCCCUCCACACAGCCACAGACUUGGAGUUGCCUAUAACGCUGCAGCUAUUUCUCUAGAGAGGACCGAGAGUGAUUGUGAUGAAGGGACUCCCCCACCUCCUCCACUUCCUCCUCCCUUAGCCCCUGAGGAUAUUGAUUUUUGAUUACUACUGAAAUAGAUUUACUUUAAUCAUUAGUUUAAGUCAUACAAGGAUCAAUAAGACUGCAGCAUUAAUUGUUCAUUAAUUUUUUGUUUUGUCUUUGUGCAAUACGUGUUUAUGAGAUUUUCUAAGCUGCAAAAAAGCUUCUGCAAUAAGAACCAGCAUGUCUACCACAUCUAUGGUUUGAACGAAUAAAAAUCAUUAUUAAACUGGUAUAUAUCUGUUUCUCAACUCAAGGACACACUCUUCCACCAGUGACACCAUUCCUUGCCCCUCCCCCCAUUCAAUUAACUGCUGACAACUCAUAACACUCCGUAUUCAAGUGAGGGUAAAAAGAAAAUGAA